AUGGAACCCAAGGAGAUCCUCACCAUCAUCUCGAACCUCGAGAAGGCCCAGGACGAGGCCACCAUCCUCAAGUUGCUCAACAUCUUGAACGACGGCGUCAACCCGACGGAAAAGCUUCUCCGCGAGACCAAGGUCGGCGUGGCGGUGAAUAAGUUUAAGAGCCACGCCAACCCUAAGGUCCAGCAACUCGUGGUGAAAAUGAUUAAGCUGUGGAAGGAAGCAGUGCUGAACGAAAAGAAAAAGAAGAAACAGCUGGCGCUGCCGGCUCCAGCAAAGGCGGCGGCGGCGGGGACCCUGGCGGCGAAACCAGCGCUGCCCUCGACCAAUGCCCCUGCUGCGGGGGCGGGUUCCACCAACUCCAAAUUCCACCAGGGGCCGCGUAACCCGCAGACCGACGGCGUCAACACCACGCUUUACGAGAAUACCACCAGAAACGCCUCCGUUUCGGCGUUAUACACGGCGUUGGCCAUUGACCGCGACGACGCCGCCAAGGAUAUCGUCGCUGUGGCUACGGCUAUCGAAUCGGAAGUGUUUAAGCUGGAGUACCUGGCCGUCAACGACAACUACCGCAACAAGUUGAGAUCGUUCACGAUGAACUUGCGCAACAAGAAGAACCCCGAAUUGCGCCACCGGUUAUUGACGGGAGCCAUCGAACCCGCUGCGUUCAUCAAGAUGACGCCGAAGGAAAUGGCGCCGGAACUGUUAAAGAAGGAGAUGGAAGAGAUGCACAAAAAGAACUUAUUUGACGCCCAGGAAGCGCAACAGGAACACGCCAUCUCCGACCGGUUUGAGUGUCUGAAAUGUAAAGGGCGCAAGACCACUUACUUCCAGAUGCAAACCCGUUCUGCCGAUGAGCCGUUGACGACGUUCGUCACCUGUUUGAACUGCGACAACCGCUGGAAGUUCUCGUAG